AUGUCUGACCUCCCGCUUUCAGCUCUCUUCCACCACGCAGCCAAUGCGGUUGCGAAGGCGAACAACCUGCCUACCAUUCAGAACGAGACUCAGGAACUCGUCCACUCUGCUGUCACAGACUUACAAACCCUCCAAUCGCGCAUCGCUGCGCUUUCGCUCUUUAGUGAGAAUGAAAUGUUAGAGGAUGUAGCGACCAAGGAUCUGGUAUAUCUUCUCGUGCCAUACGUACUGGCGGAGGUCGAAGGUCGUGUGAGGACUGUUGAUCCGGUGGAGAGGUUAGAGCGUGCCAGACGCUCGCAGCGAUUGUACCGUGUCUUCCUCGCAAGUCUCGAAACAUAUGGCAUCGUGCCUGAAGCAGAGAAGGCUCUGUAUGCCCAGUCUGUCUCAUCAAUCACAGAUGCGCAAAAACGGAGGGAGUUGAAGAUCAAUCAAUACCAGAAGGAGAAGGAAAUCAAGACGAGAAUACAGGAAGUACGGAAACAUCGUAAUCAUGGAACGCCUGUCAGCGAUCCUUCGUCAGACUUCGAUCUCAUCGUGUCUCUACUUCCUGACCCAUCCAUCAAGUCUGGCUUGCUUGACGACGACGACGACGAAGACGAUGCUGACACCGAGGAUAUCCUUCGAGAAACAAUCCUUCUCCUCCUGCGCCUUACAUACGGUCAAGCGCAUGCCCAGUUGCAGAGCUUGGAGCAGGAAAUACAACUGCUCCGUAAUGCCCCAUCCCGCCCUCCAGAAGCUUUUGAAGAUCCUCGUCGUGCGAAGGAUCGCGAGAUUGUCGAUAUGUGGAGACUAGAUGCACCCCUACCGCAAGGUGGACCUGAUGGCAAGGGCCCACUGACGGAUUCUAGUGGGAGGCCUCUACGACCAUUUACAAUUCUGCCAUCUACAACCAACCGCGAGCAACUUCGUCAGCAGGUCUUCGGUCCAGAUCAUCGCCUCCCCACUAUGACUGUCGACGAAUACCUUGAAAUCGAGCAGCAACGCGGAAACAUCAUUUCUGGCGGAGGGCCUGCAUCUGAGGCUCGUCUUACGACUAAAGAACAACUCGCCCUUGAUUCCGAACGGGACGGCACGUUGUUCGCAGAAGAGAAGGUGGAGGAGAAACGUCAGCAGGAUGAGAAAUGGGCCCAGUAUACAGAUACUCAUCCCAAGGGCGCGGGCAACACCCUGAACAGAGGAUGA